CUUUGUCCUUGUUCAAACUCACCAAACAAGGAAAUUAAAACCAAACCUAACAACGAUUAACGCCAUCAUCUAUUUAGUGUUACCUUCUUUGAACAACCCAGAAGGUUUUUCCCAAUUUAGAGGGUUUCUCUUUUCAGGCUAAUUUAUAGGGUUUCUCUUUUCAGGCUCUGGAACCCUAAUUGUUGCUUCUCUCGAAAGGACUUCAGUUUGGCCUUUUCCAUCUACUUGCACCAUGUCAAGCUUGGAGAAGCCACUUGUUUUUGAUAGGAUUCAGGAAUUCUCUUCUAGUGUUUGCAGGUCAAGAAGAGCAGAUGAUGUUGAAGAAGGAACAAGUUGUAGCACAUCCAAUAGCCGCGAAGAAGAGUAUACAAGAGACUACUUCUCUUUCAGCAAAAAGACUUUGAGCUUUGGCAGGAAUCACAAGGCUUUCAGAAAUGGUUUUGAAUCAUGGUUCUUGCCAGAUGAUCAAUUUAACUCCAAGACCAAGUGCAAUGAAAAAGAUGCAACACGUAAGUUCCUGAACCGAAUAGGAUUACCAAAGUUUGUUAAGAUAGUAGAAGUAGGUCCAAGAGACGGUCUACAAAAUGAGAAGAAGAUCGUAUCUGCAGCUACAAAGAUUGAGCUGAUUCAUAGGCUGAUUUCUUCUGGGUUGUCUGUUGUUGAGGCUACAAGUUUUGUAUCACCCAAAUGGGUUCCUCAGCUAGCAGAUGCAAAGGAUGUAAUGGAAGCGGUUCGCAAUCUCGAGGGUAGUGCUACAUUGCCUGUUCUGACACCUAAUUUGAAAGGAUUUGAAGCAGCUAUUGCAUCUGGUGCUAAGGUCGUAGCAGUCUUUGCAUCAGCUUCCGAGUCAUUUUCGAAGGCGAACAUCAAUUGUAGCAUAGAAGAAAGUCUUGUUCGUUACCGAGCUGUUACUCGUGCUGCAAAGGAGCUUUCCAUUCCUGUUCGAGGGUAUGUAUCAUGUGCCAUUGGAUGUCCAGAAGAGGGAGCAAUUCCCCCAUCAAAAGUGGCAUAUGUAGCAAAACAACUCUAUGACAUGGGCUGCUUUGAAAUUUCUCUUGCCGACACGACCGGAAUCGGUACCCCAACGACGGUUGUGCCAAUGCUUGAAGCUGUGAUGGCUGUUGUUCCUGUUGAGAAGCUAGCUGUUCAUUUCCAUGACACGUACGGGCAAUCUCUUCCAAAUAUUCUAGUCUCUCUUCAAAUGGGGAUAUGCACAGUCGACUCCUCUGUUGCAGGUUUAGGUGGGUGUCCAUAUGCCAAGGGCGCUUCGGGUAACGUUGCCACUGAAGAUGUUGUAUACAUGCUUAGUGAACUUGGUGUGGAAACCAAUGUGGAUUUGGCCAAGCUCCUGGUGGCUGGUGAUUUCAUCAGCAGGCAUUUAGGUCGCCCGUCUGGUUCAAAGAUCGCCAUUGCCUCGAGUCCUGUUAAAGCUGAUGACUCUUAAGGUUUAGGCUCUGUUUGUACCAGUUGUGCAUUUACUUGGCCUAAGGAAUUGUGAUUCCAUGUUUUUUCUUUGGCCUAUCAUGAAUUGUGAUUCAGCAAAUAAUUUCGUUAUCAAGUGAAAUAAACUGGAACAGAAUUGAUAAUACAA